CAGAAGGUCGUUAUGUUGGAUAAAUGCAAAUUUUCGUUUAUCUGAUACUCAUUCGCAAUAGCAAGCAUUCCAAUAUGCAUAAGUCACACUCGAGAUUCAGAUUUAUUUUCUGUACUUUGUUCAUCGUCAUCCUGUUCUUCGGUAACGAGUUUGUAUAUGGUCGAAGCCAUCAUCCCGUAAAGAGACGUCAUGUAACCAACAAGACUAACUGGAACUAUUAUAACCUCUCUAAUUAUUCAAAUCCUCAAAUCAACAACAACUCUAAUUACCAGUCUGGCUCGGGAAGCCGACUAUAUCCAAUACUAGACUUUACCAAUCCAAAUCAAAUAGAUCCUGGCUUUUCUCCUCAUUAUCAUAAAAAUAUACGCUACAAUGGCACUUACAUCCCAAACAUCAAAUGGGGCAAUGGGAAUGUGAACCCCAAUAAUAGCUAUCCACCUGCCAAUCGUUAUCCAAACAGAAACUAUUCCAGUUUCAGUGUGCAUAAUCCAUAUGACAAUCAACUUCCUACCGAUUUGGUAUCACAAAGUAAUUUACCAAUUCCAAGAACUACUUGCGGUAAAACCCUGUGUUCCUACGUGCCAAAUUAUCCGACCAAAGAAAUAGGCAAUGCAGUCGAUCGAGCUCGUGAUGUGUUGAGGUCUGGAAAUGCUAAUGUAUUAAGGAACAAAGGAUUGAGCCUUCAAACUUUCACUUCGAGAAGAAAUGUCGGUUCCAAUGCAUCAUCCAGCAAUCGCGGUACAAAUACAUCGAGCUCUUGCAGGACGAACACAAAUUCAGUUUAUCCCCACGAAGGCUUGAGCAGCGACACGAAUCAGAUUUAUUAUCUGAUUAAUAUACCAGGUCUCGACCAGACUAUUACCAGUAUCGAGUGCGAUAGUGGCAACCGACAGAUCUGCAACCAAAGAAAUAGUGCACCAAUGUCAGGAGUUCAAUCCUGUCAGCAAGUGUACCGCAAGGAAGUGCUUCUAGCAGUGCCCUUUGGUAAAGACUACUUCGAUGUCAAUGACUUUCAGCUCAGAACGUUCUAUGUGGCAUCAGGCUGCUAUUGUAUGUGGGAGAGUAGGCCAUACUAAAUUGCGAUAUUAUCGUGAUUACGUUGUAAUUGCAACUAACUCAUUGAAUUAUGAAAUAUAUCAUGUGUUAAAAUGAAGCUCUUGAGAACUUCGGUUUUUAUUGCUAUUAAAUUUCGUAGUCAAAUUCUCAACAAAAACAUCUGUGUUCAAAAUUCAUUGGCCAUGAAAAACACGAGUCACAAAACAUCAGAUUGUGUGAAAUAUGCUUGAGAAAAGUCAAGUUCAAACGUAAUGGCUCUUACGAAACAACAAAACAAAUUAAUCGAAAUUGAAUUAUCUGAUUGAACGAAAUCAAGGUGUUUUAAAUAAAAGGAUAUUUCGUUUAACAAACAUUUUAUAGAUACGAUUAAAGCCGCAGCCAUAAGUUGACGUAUUAUUGCCGUAAACUAGAAACUCCUGCCAAGUGUAACGAGAGACGAAA